AGAAAAUCGUCGAUGAUGUGCUCUGCGUGCUCAAUCAAGCAUGUCGUAUCGGAAGCGAAACCGAGCGGAUCCGAUUCCAUUCCGAGAGGACUUUUUAGAACACAACAUGGCAGCUUACAUGAAAUUCAUGUGCUGCGGUGUUUGCCGGCAGAUGUAUGUGUCAUUGCCUCGUAUAGGAAGUACACAAAGAUUUUCCAUCGCAACUAAUCAGCUUCCAAGGUCUAAAUUUUCUCUCCGUCCUAGAGUGCGCCAUCUUUCGUCAUCAUUUAGGAAAGAUUUAAGAAAGUUGACAACAAAAACACCUCAACUAGCAACUGCCGGUGCUAAACCAUUAAAGGAAACCAAAGAUACAAUUGAUAAAAACUAUGAAGUAAAUAAAUCAUGUGAUUCUGAUAAAAUACAUAGACAUUUAUGUGAAGAUGAAAUAAUAAAUAGAAAAAGCAAUGAAAAUGAUUUAUCAGAUAGAACAUUACAUAAAAUACAAAUACCGGGUCAUAGGUUACGACCUAAUGAAGCUAAGAAGGAAGACCCAUCGGUGGCCGACCAGUUAGUGGCCCACGUUGUGCCAUGUCCUAUAGAGCCAGAUGAUGGAAAUAAACAACAGGUUACUGAACUCCCGAAGUGGGUCGAGAACAAAGUGCAAUUAAGUGACCUGCCUUCAUUAUAUAUGCAACUCUCAAAAAGCAGACUUACAGGUUUGGUUGUGCUAUCUGCAAUGGCAGGCUAUGGUAUGUCAUCAGGGGAUUUUGUGCCAACGACCUUUGCCCUCAUGUCUUUAGGAACAUUCUUUACAUCCUGCUCAGCCAAUGCAAUGAACCAGUUUUUUGAAGUACCUUUUGAUUCCCAGAUGCUAAGAACAAGGAAUAGAGUCUUAGUACGUGGACUGCUCAGCUCUACACAUUCUGUGGGGUUUGCAGCGAUAGCUGGCCUCUCUGGUCUUACAAUCCUUGGACUCUUUGUUAACCCCCUCUCAGCAGUCAUCGGCAUCACCACCUGGGCCCUCUACACCAUGGCAUACACCCCUUUGAAACGGAUCAGCAUCGUUAACACUUGGGUAGGGGCAGUGGUUGGGGCAUUGCCUCCUCUGAUAGGAUGGUCAGCAUGUUCUGGAAGUUUAGAAGCAGGUGCGUGGGUUUUAGCUGGUAUUUUAUAUGCUUGGCAGUUCCCACAUUUUAAUGCUUUGAGUUGGAAUCUAAGAAAAGACUAUUCCCGAGGUGGGUAUCGCAUGAUGGCAACAACCGAUCCAGGGUUAUGUCGGAGAGUCGCUCUUCGCCACUGUCUUGCAAUAACCGGUCUUUGUACGCUAGCACCUAUGAUAGACUUAACAACAUGGGCAUUCGCAUUGGACACGUUACCCAUAAACCUCUGGUUCUUGUGGCUCAGCUGGCGCUUCUACCAAAGGGCGGACUCACAGUCUGCUAAGCAACUGUUUCGUUUUAGUCUGCUCCAUCUGCCGCUCAUUAUGCUGCUCAUGAUCAUUAGUAAGAAGAAGUUAAAUCCAAGUAGCACAGAGAAAGACACUUUAGUUAAUUGGAGUAUUAAAAUGGAGAAAGAUGUAGUUUGAAACCAACUUGGGUUUAUGUAGUCAUCCUGUGGAUUGCUAUAAUUUUUAUAUGGCUUGCCAGUGGCUUAACAACCAUGAGCUUCUAAUGGCUGAAAGAGGAGUGCCAGACCCCCGUACAGUAAAUAAUUUUUUCUAGGCCCAUAGGCCUUAAAUGGGCCGAUUGGGGCUGCUUAAUGAGAAGAGCGUGUAAAACUUUAAUAUCAAAAUAUCCUCUUUACAUUUAGAAACACUUGAACUGAUGAGAGCUUUGCUUCUUAUCCCUCUUGGACUCUAUGUGUCCUCCCAGCCCCCAGGUUUGUAAAGCCCAAGAGCCUUAGCCAGGGACCUCAGGAGAAUUUGUUAAGCCAAUGGGGUUUGCAACUCAGUCUUGACAAUCAUCAAGAUGGAUACAGGUGUAUUUGUUAUGCCCUGUUCCUCCAUCCAACUUUGGCCCUAGAAUUGUUACUUGUAACUGUGUGAUAUUGUGUUACCAGAGCACCUAUAGUGUAAUGUAUUAAAAAUUAUUAUUUUACUUGAAAUGUAAUGUAUCUAAUAUGUAUGCUGCAUAAAAUCGUUUUGUUUUAAAGAAUGGUACUUAAAAUUGGGUACAUAACCACAUGACUGAAGGUGUUGAUUCAUUAUGUUCAUUUAUCAACAUGUAGACUGGUUAGUAUACACAAUAAACUGCCCCAACCAGGGCUGUUCACUUGGCCUCUAAUGUGUGUAGGAAUGCAGUGUGUUCAAUUAAGAAUUUCAGAAGAUGAAAUUUUAUGGUUUUAAAACAGUGACCUAUAUAAUGUGCAAACUGAAAUGGCUUUUAUGCUCAGGAAUGAAUUGUAAUUUUGAGCUAGCUAUAGCCUAGAAUUGCACUUGGUCGCACUUUGCAGCAGGUCAAUCGCAGACUCUUACUUAGUCUGGCUGUAGCUUAACUAUAUGUAAAGUCUCAAAAUUUGGUACUAGUAUCUUUUGAAGCUAAAAAUUACAAAUGGAAAAGUACCUUUGGAAAUUGAUAUAGAGUAGUUAACCAGCAUUCCAACUAACCAGUGGCGUAUCUAGGGGUGCGAGGCGGUGCACGCCCCUCCAAAAAUUACUCAACCACUUUCGGACACCUCCCCCACAAAAAAUAAUCACAGUCAAGUUGUUAAAAAGCACCUAAAAUCACCUCAACUGAUCAUCGCACCCCCACCCCCGAUUUCACCUUUGCGCUCCCCCAUUAACAUCCCCCACUUCAAAACUCCUAGAUAUGCCACUGUACCCAACACUUUCAAAAAGUCUGAAAAAAAUCACUCUGGAGAAAACAUGCUUUUUAGUUCAAUCUAGCACCAAGCUAUCGAUUAAAUGUCAGGCCAGGAUCCUGGGAUUAAAAGCAGGAAUCCCCAGGAGUUUGAAGAAGUCACUUCCAGGAGAUCUGGUUAAAAAAGCUUCCUUAACACAUCUUACUAUAUUUUGCUGUGCUUGGUGAUAUCCAUCGGCACCGAAUUGUGCGAGACAAAUAGUAGUCAAAAGUCAGGCAGAUAUUUUGAAUUUUCGGGAGACGAGUUAUAUCUUCCGGAAGAUUAUUGCUUUCUUGUGGGAGUGCGGGAGGCCGUCCUGAUUGCCAUGAGACUCCUGGGACUCCUGUAAAAGGUGAGCAUGUUACCCACCAAACAAUGAACUCAAAAGAAAAACCAAAACAGGAGUCCAGAAAAAAAGAUGCAGAAACUGGAGAUGUCUGCUUCUGUUGACUUGGUGUUUAAAAGUCAUAAGAGUUUUGCGAGCUCUCUUACCAUCUUUUGGUGUAUAGAGGGUCACCCUCUUCAUGGUUUAGGAGAUAUAAAUACUAUUUUUGACAGUAUUAAAGCAUUUUAUAUAUUUUUAUUUUUGGUGAUUUAUGAAAACAGCUGCUUUGUGUAGCACAAUUGGUAUAAAAUGGUUUAUUUUCAUUUUGUUCACAAUUUUUUGGGACUAUUACUUUCAGAUUACUCGUUUCAUGUUGGUGAAAUCAAAAUUUGUUGGGUUGAACUUUUGGUGCAAACACCAAGGAGAACCCAUGAAAGUCUUAAGAUUCAUUUCUAGUGGGGUUGUUUUGGUAGUGAUUGGGCAAUACACCAGAAGACCGCCAUCCUGUACUGUACUCUGUACUCUGCCAGGACCAACAGCUAAAAAUGUCUCUUCCGAAAAAACGAUGCCUGUGCGCUUUUUCAUACUUGCAUGUUAGCCCUCAAGCUGAAAUACAAUGAGAGCAGAAGAUAUACUUGACACAUAAUAGCUACCACCAGUUUUGCCAACUGAGUGUUCCGAUGGGGGUGGGGGAACCACAAAAUUUUCAGAAUAGAUAAGUGAGUAUCGCUCAUUUCAAUACAACAUUGAUAUUUUAAAAUUCAGUGGUCAAACAGUGGGGAGCGUGCACGUGUCCCCCGUAUUCUCCUACUGGGUCCGCGCCUGGAGCUACAUUUCUGUCAAACAAAAACAUGAAGUAAAAGAACGUGCAGUAGUUUUUGCACACCUGUGAUAUAAUAUUCUUCUUUGCAUGCCCAUUUUUGUGAUUCUAGUUCAAAUCCUGGUAAAUUUUAAGUCUCGGAGAAUAAUUACAGUACUAAUAAAAUUUCAAUUUACAUCAAA